AUGUCAACCGAAGAUGAUACUUCAGCGGCAGCAUUUGUUGAGGAGGCAUUAACCGAAGAUGCUGAUGCGCAGGCAGAGAAGCCGCCCCGUCGUGAAAACUUUCAAUCACUCAGUCAUGAGCAAGACAUUAAUGUCAAUGAUCAUACUUCAACAGAAAGUGUUUUUCAUGCUGAACAUAUGUUUCUGCACCCAUCAAUGGAAACACCAAAUCAUGGCAGUACAUUAAGUAGUGGUCACUCAAUUGGAAAUUUGAACAACUCUGUUGAAGCUUCUAAUGACUACCUUCUUCCACCAGAGGGAGUUGGGUCUAGCACUGAAGGAGAAUCAAGUCCUAUUCAAUUUGAUGGCAUUGUUCCUACCAACCAUGAUAAGAGGAAAAUGACUUGGCAAGAUAGCACUCCACCACCCCCAAAGCUUCCUUUCAUCAAUUUGAUGAUGCUAGGACAAGGCAAUGAAGGUCAAAGCAAUUUUGGCAAUCAAGGCCGAAACAGUCUAAACAAUCAAGGCCCAAACACUCCUGGUAAUCAAGGCUCAAAAAGUCUUGAGAAUCAAGGUCUAACCACUUCUAGCAAUCAAGAUCCAAAGAGUCUUGACAAUCAAGGCUCAAACACUCCUGGCAAUCAAUGCCGAAUCAAUAGUGUUCCUCUUGCUACUGGUUCAAGGCCACAAGGAUUCGAAUUCCAAGCUUUUUUGAAUCAAGUUACGACAUCAAAUUAUUCUCAUUUGAAUGAUGACACUCCUUGUCAACUUCAAUCAGCAAAGUUGCCAAUCCGACGUGGAGUUGGGUCUAGCACUAAUGGAGUAUCAAGUCUUAUUCAAUUUGAUGGGAUUGUUGCUAACAACCCUAAUAAGAGGAAAGUGACUUGGCAAGAUAGCACUCCACCAUCCCCAAAGCUUCGUUUCAUCAAUUGGAUGUUACGAGGGCAAGGCAAUCAGGGCAAAAAUAGUCUUGGUAAUCAAGACAGAAACAGUUCUGAUAAUCAAGACCCAUACUCUCUUCAUAAUCCAGACCCAAAGAGUCCUGAGAAUCAAGUUCCAAACAAUCCUGGCAAUCAAAGCCCAAAGAGUUUUGAGAAUCAAGGCCGAAACACUCUCGGCAAUCAAGCCCAAAAGAGUCCUGGAAAUCAAGGUCGAAACACUCUUGGGAAUGAAGGCCAAAACAAUAACGUUUCUACUGCUUCUUGUUCAAGGAACUUUAAGUCUAUUUCAUAUUUCAUUAUGUCAACCCAAGAUGAUACUGCAGCGGCAGCAUUAGUUGAGGAGGCAUUAACCGAAGAUGCUGAUUCGCAGGCAAAGAAGCGGCCCCGUCGUGAAAGCUCUCAAUCACUCAGUCAUGAGCAAGACAUUAAUGUCAAUGAUCAUACUCCAACAGAAAGUGUUUUUCAUGCUGAACAUAUGUUUCUGCCUCCAUCAACGGAAACACCAAAUCAAGGUAGUACAUUAAGUAGUGGUCACUCAAUUGGAAAUUUGAACAACUCUCUUGAAGCUUCUAAUGACUACCUUCUUCCACAAGAGACACAACAAGAAAAUUGGAUGAGUGGAUCCUCUUUGGCUUACACAGACUGGAUUAAUUGGGAGCCCUCUCCUCAGAUAGCUACUGAAUUGGGGUCACAAAGAUUCGGAUUCCAGGCAUUGUUGAAUCAAGUUAUAGCAUCAAAUAACUCUCAUUUGUAUGGUGACAUUCCUUGUCAACCUCAACAAGCACAGAUGCCAAUCCAACAAGGAGUUGGGUCUAGCACUAAAGGAGAAUCAAGUCCUAUUCAAUUUGAUGGCAUUGUUCCUACCAAUCCUGAAAAGAGGAAAAUGACUUGGCAAGAUAGCACUCCACCACCCCCAAAGCUUCCAUUCAUCAAUUUGAUGAUGCUAGGACAAGGCAGUCAAGGUCAAAAAAGUAUGGGCAAUCAAGGUCGAAACCGUCGGAACAAUCAAGACUCAGACGCUCCUGGCAAUCAAGGCCCAAAAAGUCUUGAGAAUCAAGGCUUAACCACUUUUGACAGUCAAGACCCAAAGAGUCCUAACUAUCAAGCCUCAAACACUCUUGGCAAUCAAGGCCGAAACAAUAGGGUUCCUCUUGCUUCUGGUUCAAGGUCACAAGAAUUCGGAUUCCAAGCAUUAUUGAAUCAAGUUAUGACAUCAAAUUAUUCUCAUAUGAAUGAUGACACUCCUCGUCACCUUCAACGAGCAAAGUUGCCAAUCCAACGUGGAGUGGAGUCCAGCACUAAAGGAGUGUCAAGUCCUAUUCAAUUUGACGGCAUUGUUCCUAACAACCUUAAUAAGAGGAAAAUGACUUGGCGAGAUAGCACUCCACCAACCCCAAAGCUUCCUUUCAUCGAUUGGAUGUUACAAGGGCAAGGCAAUCGAGGCAAAAAUAGUCCUGGCAAUCAAGACGGAAACAGUUCUGAUAAUCAAGACCCAAACACUCUUGAUAAUCCAGACUCAAAGAGUCCUGAGAAUCAAGUUCUAAGCGAUCCUGGCAAUCAAAGCCCAAAGAGUUUUGAGAAUCAAGACCUAAACACUACUCCCAACAAUCAAGACCCAAAGAAUCCUGAAAAUCAAGACCAACACACUCAAGGCAAUCAAGACAAAAAGAGUCCUGGAAGUCAAGGUCGAAACACUCCUGGCAAUGCAGGCCAAAACAAUAGCGUUCCUACUUCUUCUGGUUCAAGGCUUCCUCAUCAGUCAUCCUCCCUCCCCAGAAUUUUGCAGACCCCGCAUGUUGAUCGGGUCCGUUACUUGGCUAACCUCUCAUUGCCUAAACGUAGUCCUCAGUGGCCUACUGCAUUUGCCUAUGUUUUCUGUUCAUUGUAA